GGAUCAAAGGCAGCUAGCUGCAGCUGGGCUGCUGAUUUUUAUUACUAUAUUUCUGCUGCGGAUAUUUAUUAUGGGCGAAUAUGAAACCGGAAAUGCUCAACUAACAUUCUUUCGGCCAGCUAAGUCCUAAGUCUUGCCCACUUUCUUGUCGUGCCUAUUGUAUUCCGGGGUUCUACAUUCAAUCAAGUUCAAGUAGUCCAUGGUUAGGGCCAUUGUUCGGCAUUAUUAUUUCGGGGUGGUUUGUGGCGAUCUUUGACACAAUUUAAAUGCACAAACUUGACCCACUUAUCCGGUAAGUUGGUGCUAUGUCGUAAUAAACCAGAUCUGGAGAUAAACUUGCUUUCUUUUGUAGCGGAAAGCGGAGUGGGCAGCCUUGUGGCAGGCGGCACACCCCUGAUUGGCAUUAGCAACAAAAUGAGGAUGAUCAGAGAGAAUCGUUACAGAAUGCAGCGUCUAAUGAGGAGGAUGCAGUUUUAAGUAGGACCCAAGAAGCUGCCUAUAAUGAGCUCCUUUCACUGCACUCCUGGAUAGCUGUGGAAAGGAAAGCGAAACAAGGCGCGAUAAAUUACGCGGCCUACACUGCGUAUGCGUUACGUGAGAUGCGGUGAGAGCAGCGCAGUCGGCUGACAGCAGCCACCAGCUAGCAGAGGCUGAAAAGCCGCGGCAGCGCCAGCUGCUUUUGAUGAAUGAAAGUCAACCCCCCCGCACACACAAACACACACUCGCCGAACACUCGCACCCGCUGAGACGGAUGCCGAAGUCGGCGUCGCUGCCGCUGAACAAUUUGCGCGGUAGCUGACUAUAUUCGAAUUUGAUUUCGAUUUAGUUUUAGUACUGUUUUGCAAACCGACGAGUCAGGUUCUACAGCAUUGCCAGCAGGGCUGACUAGACCAGAUCGGUGUGAGUGAUAUACAUAUAGUAGUCCCACGAUCGCCGCGUCUCGUGCUCGAGACAUCGAGUCUCCCGAUCCAACUCGAUCCGAUUCGACUUAAUCCUCCCCCUAAAAAGGGUUUUUCAAAAGCUGUCGCCCAGCCUGCGGCAAAUGUGAAUACUUUUUAAAGUGACUUAAUUGGGUAAUCGCUGCUUGAAGGGAACCUUUGGCAUAGGUUUUUAUAUCUGGCAUAGGAUUGGCUAGGACGGACGCCACGACUGCGUAAGGAGGGCAACCAGCAGUAUCCAGGGUUGCAUAACCCUAGCCCCAGAAAAGUCAAAGGACCGCAGCCAUGACGCGACCCAAGCAGGAUGAGAGCAAGUUCAAGGCCUUCAUGCAGGAGAACGUCCUCACCAUGGCCACCGUUAUUGGUGUCUUUGUGGGCGGACUCGUCGGAUUCAUCAUCAAGAACAGCACAGGGGAGUGGACAAAGCGUGAGAUCAUGUACAUAUCCUUUCCCGGAGAGAUCUUCUUGAGAAUGCUGAAGUGCUUGAUUGUGCCUUUGUUGGUGUCGUCAAUUACCAGUGCCAUUGGUGGCCUGGACUUGAGUAUGUCCAGCAAAAUUGCCACCAGAGCCAUCACAUACUACUUUGUGACUACCAUAUCGGCUGUCAUUCUGGGCAUUUGUCUAGUGACCACACUGCGUCCCGGACAGGGAGCCAAGAUCGUGGAAACCCAGACUGAGAGCAUCGACAAGGCCUCCAAGGUGCUAACCCCCGACACCCUAAUGGAUCUGGUCCGAAACAUGUUCACGGACAACAUAAUUCAGUCAACCAUGUUCCAGCACCGCACUGAGAUCUAUGAAAACACCACCAUUAGCCCAGCACAGCCCAUGGAAAACUGGGAAUUCAAGUCGGCUCAACGCGAGGGUUCGAACGUCUUGGGUCUGGUCAUGUUCAGUGUCAUCCUAGGCACCACUAUUGGCCGAAUGCGAGAAAAGGGUCAACUGCUCCAGGACUUCUUUACCACCUUGAGCGAGGCUAUGAUGACCAUCACUUCCUGGGUGAUCUGGAUUUCUCCCCUUGGCGUGGGCUUUUUAAUUGCCGCCAAAAUUAUUGAAAUGGAAUCGAUAGCAGCAACCAUACAGUCCUUGGGAUGGUAUUUCAUCACGGUCAUGAUCGGUCUUUUCCUGCAUGGUUUUGGCACCAUUGCCGUGAUUUUCUUCCUGGGAACUCGACGUCUGCCUUACAGCUUCAUUGCCAAACUGAGUCAAGUCUUAGCCACAGCCUUCGGAACUGGAUCCAGCUCGGCCACCAUGCCCCUGACCAUCAAGUGUCUGGACAGCAUGGGCAUCGAUCCGCGAGUCACUCGCUUCGUCAUUCCAGUCGGUGCCACCAUUAACAUGGACGGAACCGCACUCUACGAGGCCGUGGCUGCCCUUUUCAUUGCCCAGUACCGUGAGAUGAGCUACUCCUUUGGCACCAUUGUGGCCGUCAGCAUAACAGCCACCGCGGCAUCGAUCGGAGCCGCCGGAAUCCCCCAAGCGGGUCUUGUCACCAUGGUCAUGGUGUUGGACACAGUUGGUCUGGAGCCAAAGGAUGUAUCCCUCAUCAUUGCUGUGGAUUGGUUACUCGAUCGCUUCCGUACCACCAUCAAUGUUAUGUGCGAUGCCUUGGGCACAAUUUUGGUUAAUCAUCUGUCGAAGAACGAUCUGGCCAGUGUAGACAGGCUGAGUGCCGAGCCCCAUGAGCUCCUCGAGCUGGGGACCAAUGGCCACGAGAUGAAGGAAUGAAGGCAGUCUUCGCUUGGCGCCUAUAACCGCAAACGAUGAGUGGACAUGGCCCGGCUGUGGGCAUGUUUCCACAUCCUCCCCAGCAACGACAGCGACAGUGAUGACUACGACGACGAUGACGUGGAGUUUUAAGUGGGUCAUUGCUGAACAGGACACAGGCUGGGGCGGAUGCAUCACGUUUGUUUGCGGAUAAUUAUGGGUGACCAAGUCGCAUCUAAUUUCCAGAUUGAUUAAUUUGAAGCAGAUACCGUGGCACGGGGCCAGGGGGCUGCCAGAGUACAAGUACUAAGCCAGCAACGAAUUUAAGUGACAUAUUCGUUAACUAGUUUGUUUUUCACAAGAAUAAAUUAAAUCGAGACAGCAGCAAGCACAGAAUAUAUGAGUUAAGAUCGAAAACAAAAGAACAUUUAUCGUCUAAAUUAGAGAUACUAUCAUGGUGUAAAUAAUUUUUAAAUAUAAUUAAAUUGAGUUCAAAUUUGCAUUACAUUCUCCCAUAUGAUUAGUAUUAACAGCGAAACGACUCAAAAAUUAAGUCAAAGCAAGCAAAGCUAAGAAAUCGCAUUUUGUAGGUCGCAAAUUGUUGAGAUCCAAUGAAUCGUAACUAGUAUUUCUUAAUCGUUAUUCUACAUACAGUGUUCUGACUUAGCGAAUCCAAACAAUUCAAUUCAAAAAACAAAAGGACGAAUAGAAAACUAGCAAAAGCCAAUAAAUUUCUAAUAAGUACCAUACAAGCCAAAAAAAAAUUAAACCGAAUCAGAAUUUCUAAUGCCGUUACAAGUUCGUGUUCAUAGUUGAGCUUUGUAAAUACUUAAUAGCUUAAGUAUACAUACAUAAAUCUUUAUGGAAAAUAUUUAUAUUUAAAGCGUGGAAAACAAAUUCUUGAAUGACAAUAAUAGGGCGCUGCAAUAAUCAGACAGCCAUUCAAUUUAUAUACGUAACACAUUAUUUAUUACAUUUAUGCAACCAAAAAAAACUUAAAUUAGGUCAUAUUGGUAGCAAAAGCCAAAAAAAAAUAAAAUAUUACAAUACAAAAGCCAUAAGAUUAUUAAAGUGUUUGCCAUGCUUUCUGCAAAACUAAAGUUUGACGAAGAACCGAAGAAUUGUUUAGGUUACGAAUCAUCUAAAAAUGUUUGUAGUUGUGUGUAGUCUAAAUAUAUGUUUACUAAUAAAACUUUAUGAAUAUUACGAGA